UUUCUUUACAUUUACAUAUAUAUGUUAAAAGUCAGAUUGAGUUAAUAUGUACUUUCAUACAAUUCUGUAUAUAGAAUACAUAAAUACAUAAAAUUGACUGGAUACAUUCAUAGCAUGAACUAUUCUCAAAAGUCGUCUAUGAUUCACGGUCCAAUUUUAAAUGUUGUCAUUCAAAAAUAAGAUUUGAUUACAAUACAGUUUCGUCUGAACUGAUUUCAAAUUACAUGGAAAAUAUUAUUUUAAAUAAAAGAUUUUAGUGGACAAGUUGAAUGUUGUCAUUACUGUAUAAUGUGAUCUAUUGAAAUGUAUCGCGCAAAUGUAAGCACAGAAAUUGCUUCAGCAUUCGAAUAGAUAUGUACUUAUUUCUGAAUGCAUCUUAAUGAGUUUUAUGUAAUCAAAAUGGACAACCUCAAAGGGUAAAUGCCGAGCCACUUCAUCAAAAUAGAGUCAACGAAAGACAGCCUGCACCUGUGAAUAUUCCAAUGACAGUCUACGAGCAAUUUAGAGAAUCGUGGCUUACUGCUAUCAUUGGGCUCAUUAUGUUUGCAACUGGCAUGUGUCUUUUAUUUUGGAAUGAGGGAAGAGCAGUGAAAGUAGCACAUUCUUUAGAUGAAGCUUUGCGUAAUGUAGCAGUACUUCCAAAUACAAUAAAAUUAUUACCUGAAUACGAAGGUCGUUUAAUACAUUUAUCGGGUCCUUUAAAAAUAUCAGAACCAUUAACUGAACCUGACUAUGGAGUAAUUGUAUCAAGUGUAAAAUUAAAGCGAAGAGUCCAAAUGUACCAGUGGGUUGAAAUAGAAGAAGAACGAAGUUUUGGCGAAGUAACAGAAGAACAAAAGCAUUAUUAUUAUACAACAGAAUGGAAAGAUAAACUGAUUGAUUCUGAUCAAUUUUAUAUUAGACCUGGUCAUACAAAUCCAAAAGAAAUACCUAUUAAAAGUCAAAUACAAAUUGCAGAUGAAGUUAGAAUUGGUGCAUUUAUUCUUGGAACUGAAUUAAAAAAAAAGUUCAAUGACUUUAUAGAAGUUACCAGUGAUGAAAGACCAGAACGUAAAGAUAUUAAAAUGCAUUCUGGUUUAUAUUAUCAUAGUUCCGAUUUAUGGAAUCCUCAGGUGGGAGAUAUACGUAUACAAUUCUCCUAUGCAGGAAAAGCAGGAGAAAUUUUUUCCAUAGUUGGUAUGUUACAAAAGGGAACUAUUGUACCAUACGUUACAUCACACGGUGAAGAAAUUUUACUUCAGAGAAAACACAAAAUGACAGUAGAUCAAAUGUUUCAUUUAGAACAUGUACACAAUUAUUGGCGUACUUGGAGUAUUAGAGGUCUCGGCUGGUUAGUUUUGUUUUUAGCAGCAACAUGUUUAGCAAACAUAUUACGAACAGUAAUUUUGAAUUCUACAUUCUUGUGCGGAAUUAUUGCAAUUGAGUCUUUAACAAUGUCUGUUUCUAUGUCUAUUAGUCUAUUAGUAAUAGGCUUUGCUUGGGUAUGGUACAGACCAGUGAUAGGCCUUUGUUUAGCAUUAGCAUCAAUUUUACCUUUUAUUUAUUCAACUCUAACAUCGGCAUCUCAAACACAACAACGUGACAACUACAGGAGAUUAUAAACAUUAAUUAAAAGAUGACAUCUAAUUUGUGUAAAUAUAAUAUUUAUAAACAUUUUCUAUUCUAGUCAUAUGUAUUUAUUUUAACUAAUUUUACAGAAAGUACAAAUCCUAACAAAAUAUUAUAUGUUAUCAAUUGUAUUAUUCACGUAUCAAAGUCACAUAUUAAAAGAUUUCAAUGAAAUAUGAAACAUAUACUAUUUUGUAAAUAUUAAUUUUGUUAAUUAAAUUUUUUUAAAUAAUUUCAACGGAAAUUUAGAAGAUUCGCAAACGAGCUCAACUGCUCAUCUACAGUAAGGUACAUUUAUUGAAAAAUAAACAUCUUUUAUAUAUUUAAUCUCUUCUGAUUCCUUUAAGCCUAUUGUUAUCACACUUGAAUUAAUAAUUUUACCUUGUUUUACUGAAAGAAUAACCCCAUCUUUAAUGUAUUUAGUUAUCUCCUCAGAAUUAUUCCUGUAAUCGCUAUCAGAAAUUAUAAUAAGUUUAGAAUAUAUAUCAUCAGGAAUAGGUUUUAUAAUGUCUAAUACAGA